UGCUAACGGGAGUUUUCAAAAUAUUCGUCUGAAAAAGAAAUGGGAUUUCAUUACUAGAAAACUUGGAAAUACUUUUCAACUGUUGUUGGUGAAUGCAGUCCAGAAUGUUAGCGUUCAUCGAUGUUGCAGCCAACUUGACAGAUCCUAUGUUUCAAGGAAUAUAUAACCAAGUAGAGAGACAUGUACCAGAUUUGUCUACUGUAUUGGACAGAGCUAGAGAAGCAGGUGUGUUUCGUAUUUUGAUAACCGCAGGCUCUGUAGAGAUGGCAAGAGAAGCAGUUGAGUUGAUAAGUGAGUCACCGAGUCUCUUUAGUACUGUAGGUAUUCACCCAACAAGAUGUGACGUUUUUGGGGAUGCACAGAGUGUCAGCAAUAUGAAACAGAUACAGAACCUUGUUGAUAUAGCGUCCUCUGCCAAAGGAAAGGUAGUUGCUGUUGGGGAAUGUGGACUUGACUAUGAUCGAACGACGUUUUGUGAUAAAGGUCGACAGCAGAUAGGAUUUGAAUAUCAUUUUCUACUAGCAGAACAACUAAAGCUUCCAAUACUUUUUCAUAAUCGCAACACAGGUGGAGACUUUGUCAAGAUAGUUCAGAAACAUCGCGACAGGUUCGAAAACGGAGUUGUACAUUCGUUUACAGGAAACAAAGAUGAACUGAAGCAGCUACUAGACUUAAACCUUUAUGUAGGCAUAAACGGCUGUUCUCUUAAAACCGAAGAAAAUCUAUCUGUCGUUCAAAAGGUGCCUCUCGAGCGCUUAGUCUUAGAAACCGAUUGUCCUUAUUGUGAAAUAAGAAAAACGCAUGCUGGUUAUCAUUGGAUACAAAGUCAUUGGAAAACUGUAUCACACAAGAAAUAUGAAACUGGAAGUUGUGUCAAAGGAAGGACUGAGCCAUGUCAUAUUCGACAAGUUGCAGAAAUUGUUUCCAAACUUCAUGAAGUCUCCAUAGAACAAGUAGCCAAACAAGCCUUCCAUAAUACUAUGAAAAUAUUCUUUCCUGAAGAAUCCGCCAACGGCAUUUAUGACUCACUUUUCGAGACAAUUCGAAACCAUUCGUAAAUGAAACCAUUGCGCGCCAUUUUUGAUAGCAUUUUUUUCACUUUUGACAAUUUAGCUUUUCUAUAACAUUUGCCAUUUGAUAUUUCAUAAUGGGCUGUCCUUUACGAGUUCGCAAAGUUAAUUUUCUAUGCUGCAGAUAAUAUUUUAGUGAAAUUGUUUCCAAAAAUAUAUCUUACACCUACCUUGUUCUUACGUUUCUGUAGAUGAACCAUUUUUUCUUUCUUUCGAGACUCGAGUACCUGUUGAAACGAUUCCAUAACAGGCGUUGCGGUGUAUUGUUGUGAAACAGUUGCGCCCUCAUCACAAGUUUUUUUGCUUGAUAAAAGUGUUUCUUGUUCGAAGUUCUGUACUUGUUGUCUUUGACAAGCUUUUGGUUCCUCUUUCUUAUCUUGUUCCAGUGACGUAGUUUCUUCACCAUACCAGCCUUUUAUACUGUAUUGUUGCAAUUCACCUUUCUUCUCCAACUGAGCCAACCAUUUUUUAUAUUCUUUGACUCUGCGACGGUCUCUAUUUUUCUUCUGUUGCUUUUUGUUUAAAAUAGUUUGGAAACGUUGGACUUGGUCUCCUUGUCUCUUUAAUAACUUGUGAACUUGAAUACCUUGUCGUCCCGGUGGUGGUGGCAUUGGAAUAAGGUGAAUCAAUGUUAU